UCGUCACCCAAGUUGUCAGGGCGAAUCUCUACGACGAACCAGUAUAUCUUAGCAACCAACCUGCCCUCUCAGGCGCUAGAAAGUGCUUUACUCUUCCAUUUCUCUCUUAGCAUCUACAAAAUUCCCGACAUACAUCCUACUUACACUACAUAACCUCAAGAGCUUCUUAAAAACUUCUGGUCACUAUAGCCUGGUUCAUCCUCGCAUAGUCAUCAGUGAAUAAGCCAUGGCUUCUCAACCUGACCCACCGGUCAAGAUGGCCGCCAUGUCUGAGCUAGAUGCAGACCCAGUCGAUGAAUCUCAACAUCAUCACAGCGCAACAGCUCCUCAGUCUAGUAUGGGGGCAAAUAGCGCCAAUGAUGGGUCAACUACAGAACCCCAAGGCGAGCCCGUGACGAAAGUUGUUACCGCAACCCAAGAGACAUUAGAGGUGGAUAAUGCUACUGCUGCAUCUGCCGCUACUGCUCCUUCUGAACCAAAUAUAAAUGACAACAAGCCCGACGAGUCGUCUAUUAUUACAGAUCCUACGAUACCCCCGAAGGAACAAGCUGAGGAACCCUCAACCACACCCCAGAAGGCAGCAAAGCGUCACCAAACCCCGUCGUCUACCCCAUCAACCCCCUCGCGACCGACCGAAGCAGUCUGCCAUAGCCAUAAUAGUUUCGCCGUUCAGAUUUCUACUCUAUGUCCCGGGGAGCAAGGAGAAGGAACCGUCACAGCACUAAAGAGACCUCGGAGCUCUUCCACGUCGUCCACGACCAGUCCGAGCGUUCUCAAUACCAUUUCUAUAAACUUCCACCUCCCUCCGCACCACCCCCCAUCCUCCACUCCCCCGUUCCCCCCGGUCCACGUCGUAUACCAAUUCCACGGCCCCUCUCCCACGAAACUAACCCGCGCCUCUUCCCCAACCGUAGACGCCCUGGGACCACGCAUCAAGCGUCUUAACAUCCGGGGCUGCGCUCACCACGACCGCGAUGUAGACUUCGAUACCGGCUCUGCGCCGGAAUCGCCGAUCAGACAGCACCGCCGCGCUUGUAUUCACCGGGAGCCCCCGCGGUCUGAGCCGAGUAUCACGUAUAAAUAUAAAUCGCCGCCGCGGCCGGUCCGAACAAUCGCUGCGUCCCGAAACGGGACGCCGUCGCAGAGUACUUUGCGCGAGCGGCGUGUUGCGCGGUCCGUGCCGCAUAUACACACGUAUACGCCGCCGCCCCGGCGUAUAUCUAGGUCUGGAUUUGGGUUCCCAGUUCCAGUUAGGCGGAUUGGUCGGUAUCCCGUGCGAGUGCCUGCGGGGCAGCCGGCUGCUAGACAGACGGGUGUUAAUGCUGGUGCUGCUGCGGGUGACGAUGUUUUCGCUGGUAAGGCUGGUUUGCGUGGUGUUGGUGGCGAUAGAUGGAUAUGAUCCGUGAGGGUUUUAUGUACUAGUAGUAGGUUGGCCAUAGCCGUUGGGUUGCUAUGGGAUAAAGCUCAAGCUAUUUGGUAGGCAUCGCAUUGGUUGAUCUCAUUUAGACAAUGAUGCCAUUGAGCUCCGUGGCAUUUGCUACGG